AUGUUAAAAAGCAACAAUGGACACGUGAAGUCGACGGCUUUAAACCCUGACAGACCUUUAAAUAGCUCACCUCAAUCCAGAAACAACCACACAGCUCAGGAAUUACCAAGCACAGGGAGCUCCUUUUGGACACAGACCAUGCUGAAGAAACUGCUUCAAGGACGCAUGCUCCUCCCAUUGAUUCUUGUGACUGGGAUUGGAGGUGGCUUCCAAUAUGGAUUCAACAUGUCUUCAAUCAAUGCACCUUCAAUGUUUAUUAAGGAAUUCAUUGCUGAGACAUGGGUCACCCGCUUUGGCACGACAUUGGAUGAAACAGCCAUCACACUUCUCUGGUGUGUCAUUGUCUCUAUCUAUCCAAUUGGAGGACUUAUUGGCGCUCUGAAUGCUGGACAUCUCUCCAUAAAGUAUGGGAGGAAGAAUGCUCUGCUUUUCAACAACAUUGUGGCCAUCAUAGCUGCAAUCAUAAUGAUGCUCAGUAAAAAGGGAAAGUCCUUUGAGAUGAUCAUGGUGGGGAGGUUCCUCUAUGGCAUUAAUGCAGGUAUUGGCCUCAAUGUUCACAGUAUGUAUCUUGGCGAGAGUGCACCGAAGGAAUUGCGAGGCCUUGUAUCUCUGACCCGGGCGAUGUUUGUUGCCUUUGGCAAGUUCAUUGGACAAGUGGUUGGACUCAGAGAGAUUUUGGGAACUGAGGCAGCCUGGCCUUUGCUGCUGGCGUUCAGCGGCCUGCCUGCCCUCAUUCAGCUGGUGCUGCUGCCCUGGUUCCCAGAGAGUCCCAGAUACCUUUUGAUUGAUAAGGGCAACAAGGUCCUCUGUGUGGAUGCUCUGCGGAGACUCUGGGGUCAGGGAGACUUCUUUGAGGAGGUCCAAGAUAUGGAGGCUGAGCAGGCUGCUGCAAAGGGAGAACGAGCAAAGACUGCCAGGGAACUGUUCCAAGAUCGCUCAGUACGAUGGCAGCUCAUCACCAACAUCAUGCUGACCGUUGCUAUGCAGCUUUGUGGCAUCAAUGCAAUUUACUUCUACUCUUCUGAAGUGUUCCAGGAAGCUGGAAUUCCUGACUGGACGAUACCAUAUGUGGUACUGGGGGCAGGUGCAACACUUCUGAUGACCUCCAUGGUUUCUGGUUUUUUUAUUGAGCGAGAUGGGAGAAAGGCCUUACUGUGGAAAGGAUACAGCCUCAUGACCCUGUGGGCAGCACUCCUGUGUGUAACUCUGCCUCUGCAGCAUCAGUUCACCUGGAUGCCUUACUGCAGCAUAUUCCUCAUCUUUGCGUAUAUCUUCAGCUACGGGAUUGGUCCUGCGGGAGUGACUGCGAUCAUCCCCUUCGAAAUCUUCACUCAGUCUUACCGACCUGUUGCCUUUGUGAUAAACGGCUCCUUCCAGUGGCUAGGCCUCGUCCUUCUGGGAAUGAUCUUCCCGUUUAUUGUGGAGGGACUGGGACCAUUCUGCUUCCUGAUUUUCCUGGGCGACUGCCUGAUCAUCGCUGUGUUCAUCUUCAUCAUUCUCCCGGAAACAAAAGGAAAAACUAUCCUGGAAAUCAAUGAGGAGUUUCGGAAAAUCAACCGGAAGAGAAUGGGAGGAAGCUCGGUGGCGGUUCGCAGGAAAGCCCCACAGCCCGAUCCAGAGAUCUUUGUGAUCGCUACCAGACUGUAA